CCUUUCAUAAAAUACAGUUUUAUGCUUCAUAAAUGGGUGACUGUGUUGUUUGUAGAUUUGAAGGGUUUUUUUAUCUCUAUCAUACUGAUUCAUUUGCAUUGUCAUGCCAAAACAGUGGUCCAAAUAAUGCUGUUUCCUUAUGCUCUGCUAUAGAGUUGUUAAUGAUGGUUCUAUUUGAGAGCCUGACUGCAUUUUUCAGGGUAAAAUUUGUUGUUGUAAAAUAGCUGCCAAGAAUUUAUCCUUUCUUCUCUUUUUGGAGGAGUGGUAAGGAAGCUUAGCUGCAAAAGUUUUAAACAAGGGUUAUUCCAUGCUGGUUGUCCUUUCCUUUACAGUUAAGUUAUUUUAAACUGCCUUUGUUCCUUCAACUCAAAAAUAAUUAUGUUUUUAGAAAGCAAUAACUAUGUGGCCUUAAUACAGUUUUCUUUAGUCAUAUAUGACAGGAAUUAUGUUACAAAGGGUUUGCUUAAUUCUUAUUUCACAGUGUUUGCUUUGCUUAAUAUUAGUUACUUACAAAAACUUCCAAAGCUGAGAUAUACAUAUUUGACUUAUGUCACACCAAAGUGUCAGCCUUAUUACUACAAAAAAAAACCCUUUUACAUGUUACUCCUGAACACCUGCAUGGGAGCUAGAAUUAUCUAGUGGGUCCUAACAAAUUAGAUAAAUAAUUAGCAAAAGGUAUUUCUAGCUGAUAACUACUCUAAUGAGUUACUGAAUGUUACAUACCAAUGCAAUAUGACAGUUUUCUCUGUCUCAAGAUGUAUCUGAUUGCAUCAGAGAACAAUCAACAUGGUGAGGUGUAAUCUACAGUGCCUCUGGGUUUUGACCCUACGACCACUGAGGCCGGUUUUAAAACUCCUGUUAACUUCAGCGUAGAUUGGAUUAGCUGCCUUACUCGAAUGGCUGACCUGAAAGGUAUGAUUUUGGUAUGUCACUACAGAUUUCUGUUAAAGCCUUCAAUUUUCUUGCCAAAAAUACUGCUUUUUAAAAGUGACAGGUAAGACUGUUUACAAAAGAUGACGUGAUCCUGACACCCUUUUGUUUUUUCAGAAACGAAGCAAAUAAUCAGUUGCAUUGAGGGUGGCACACAACCAGCACGAAAUAAAUAUUCACCAGUUGCCUUUUGACAGACUUUUGUCAAGCUUUUUUAUCUGUCACUAACACUCUAGGGCAAUAGGAAAUCGGCACACUGUCUGGUGCUCAGGCUGUUUGCUGAACGGACAGAGGAGGGCUUUAGAUUCUGGGCAUCAUCGUUAUCUCAGAGAAACGAGCAGAAUAGCUUGUGUCCAGCUACUCCUGCGCCUCACCCACCUGGUGUGUACGUACCCUGAAUUUGCAUGUUUCCCAUUUCAGCAAUCACUAUUUAGUCAUGGGUAGCUGAGAGCCUUGCAGACGCCCAAGAGGGCAGAUCUGCGAAUGCUAACACAUGCUUCCCUGCCCCCUUCCUUUCAUAACUUGUGAUCGCAGAGCCAUGAAAGUAUGCGAGUCCCUCCCCCAGCGCAGACCGAUUUCCCCUGGCAUAUGAUCUGGGCUCCAUGUCAGCCAGAGCAGGCAGCACUAACUUCUCUACCAGCUGGCCAGCGUGCUGGACUUAGCCAGAGCGAUGACCUUAACAAAGGAGAGUUUCCAUGGGGCUCUUCCACCCCCUUCUGAGGUGGCCAAGGCCGACGCGGACAACACCAGGGAAGAGGAGGAGGCUGUGCCGCAGUCUGCGGUGAGGACUGGAGUAGUGGAGCCAAGCAAGCAAGGGACAGGAAGGCUGGUCAUGCACAGCAUGGCAAUGUUUGGCCGGGAGUUCUGCUACGCCGUGGAGGCCGCCUUCGUCACGCCGGUGCUGCUCACUGUAGGGCUGCCCAAGAACCUCUACAGCCUGGUGUGGCUCAUCAGCCCUAUCUUGGGCUUCGUGCUGCAGCCCGUGGUAGGUUCAGCCAGUGAUCACUGCACCUCUAGCUGGGGCAAGAGGCGACCUUACAUUCUGGGUCUGGGCAUCAUAAUGCUGUUAGGCAUGGCUUUGUACCUCAAUGGGGACGUGAUGAUCUCAGCUUUCAUCACUGAGAGAGACAAGCAGCAGACGUGGGCAAUAGUCACUACCAUGCUUGGAGUGGUGCUUUUUGAUUUUGCAGCUGACUUUAUCGAUGGCCCCAUCAAGGCAUAUUUAUUUGAUGUCUGCUCUCACCAGGAAAAAGAGAAGGGUCUGCAUUACCAUGCCCUCCUUACAGGUUUGGGAGGAGCCCUGGGUUACCUGACAGGUGCUAUGGACUGGAGUGAGACCGUACUGGGACAUCAGUUGUUAUCGGAAUUCCAGGUGAUGUUCUUCUUCUCAGCCUUAGUUUUCCUAAUCUGCCUUACUGUACACUUGUGCAGUAUCCCUGAAGUCCCUCUCAGAUAUGACACUGAAGAGACCAAGUUCUUGUUGGAAGUGGAUGAACCCUGUCAGUAUAACUCCAUAGAGAAAAUCAAGAACGGUUACUUAAAUUCACCAUAUACUGAAAUAAAGACUGCACCUCAACCAGCGAAAUCCUCUGGCCCAUCACAUACAGAGACUCAGCGGCGGGUGACCCUUAAAUCACUCCUGAAGACACUUUUAAGCAUGCCAUCCCACUAUCGCAAUCUGUGCGUGAGCCACCUCUUUGGAUGGAUGGCUUUCCUGUCCAACAUGCUCUUCUUCACAGAUUUUAUGGGACAGAUUGUAUACCAGGGAAGUCCUUAUGCGCCUCGUAACUCCACGCUUUACCUUGCCUAUGAAAGAGGAGUAGAAGUUGGAUGUUGGGGACUGUGCAUUAAUGCAAUUUCUUCAUCACUCUAUUCUUACCUGCAGAAAGCCCUUCUGCCAUACAUAGGACUAAAGGGACUUUAUUUCAUUGGAUACCUGCUUUUUGGAUUAGGUACUGGAUUAAUUGGCUUGUUUCCCAAUGUCUACUCCACUCUGGCUCUAUGCUCCCUCUUCGGUGUCAUGUCCAGCACACUGUACACAGUGCCAUUCCACCUCAUUGCAGAGUAUCACAGGGAAGAAGAGAACCUGAAGCUGCAGGAUGGAGACCAAGCCAGAGAGCUCGGGCGAGGAAAGGGUAUUGACUGUGCUGCUCUCACCUGCAUGGUCCAGCUGGCCCAGAUCAUUCUUGGCGUGGGCCUUGGGCUCUUGGUUAGUGUUGCUGGCAGUGCGGUCACUGUGAUUUCAGCAUCUACUGUGGCACUGAUUGGCUGUUGCUUUGUUGCUUUUUGUGUUCGAUAUGUGGGGUAGAACAUCAUCACAGGGGAGCAUUUUCUUUCUGGGUCAGUAGCACUGGUGCUGUUACCACACUGAGAUUGCUGGCAUGUCCUCUUCUUUUACUUCCUUGGAAUGGUUGCAAUUCCAGAGCAUUUCUUAUCCACAAAGUGGAGACUCCUAGCAAAGCUGGCAGCCUAAUGCCUCAAAUUGAAAGCUUCUUUAUUUUGACUGCUUUAUUCCUUCAUACUGAGCCCAGUGUAUUAACGCACUAUUACACAUUAAGGCUUGUAUGCCCAUGGUAUCCUGAAGUUAAUAAAUGAAGUAUGUGGUAAAUUGAAGAAGUAAUAAAAGUGGACAGAGUUAAGAUGAAAGCUGUUGCUUAUCUUAUUUUCAAAAUAUCUUUUAAGAUGGGGCUAUUCUUUUUGGUAGACAAAAGCUGCGAGAAGAGGUUCAAAUGUCAGAGGCCAUAGUGCUGUGAUGUUAUGAUUAGCAGUAUUGUUAAAUGGGAUCAGUUACCUUCCAGCUACCAUCAGAAGCAGAUUUGGGUAUGAAAGGUGAUUGGAAUUUAAAAAGGUUUGAAGGCUACUGCUUAAAAGCAUAACCCUUUACAGUAAAGUAGUUCUUUUAUACUAUAUUCUGCUGCUUACAUAGAAAUGAAAUGAAAAUGCCAGCUGAGCUUGUCAUAAAAGUCUGCCUAAAGAUACUCUGCAAAUCCAUGUUUAGGUACCUAAACAAUCAGUCCACAGGAAGUCCACAGCUGCAGUUUCUUCAUUCUUAAAAAGUCUAGCCACUCGACCUCAAUACCUCAAUUAAAAGUAUAAUCUAGACCAGAAGAAGAAUUUUGUGAAUGGUUGUAAGCCACUCAAAUUUUCAUAUUGGAUAUUACAGUAUUUACCUUAAUUAAUGUAGUAUCUCUAUUUUCUCUAUAUUCCUGCAUGUCUCUAGCUUUAUGUAAAAUGUUUUUUGGUCUCUGCAGAAUAUUGUAGAUUAAUUCCACUCUGCAAAGCACUAUCAUGAAUUGUUGUACAGAUGUACCUCUAACCAGUACAGUAAAUCCUGAAGUCAAAUUAUUUUUAUUUAAGUGAGUAUGGAGCUUCAUUCUUAUUUUUAUAAUAUUGCCAGAGUUUCAAAGGUCCUGUGUUUGUGAAAGUGAAAUGCUAUAUUUAUGCUGUGCAUCCUCCCUCCUGGAGAUUUUCAAAUCCAUUUACUGUGUUAUGUGCUAAGCCACAUGCAGUCAUCUGCUAAUACAGUAUUAUUAAUGAACAGUGACACAGAGAAAGAUUGUUGCCAGAUAUGUUUCCCUAAAUGUUGCACAUGUAUAAUCAAGGCCGUUUAGUCCUCCUCACUGUCGAGUUGAUCAGACACUAGAGUAGCCCUGUGUGAACAUACGACUAUACAUAUAAAUGGUUAAUUUGAGCAUGAGGAUGUCUCUGCACAGGUGCACCAACUUCAUCCUCUUUUGUUUUUGAAGAGUAUGGUGAGUCAUUUAUUCGCAGGGAAAAACAUAUCUCCCUUAGAGUAAACUCUUAUUCGUUAUAACAAGCCCAUGGAAGCCUCAGCUACGUUUCCGUGUUGAUGAUUGUGUCUCUCUGUAUGCCCAAAACAGGGCUCAGUGCACGGCAGACCUUACCUUUCUCCACAGCUCCUUCCUCCUUCCCUGUGAAAGAGGCAUGUUGUAUGGCUUCUUUCAUUUUGUGGCUUUUUGUUAAUUCCUCUCCUGUCAUACCUCUAGAAGUGAAAAGCUUGCAAGAGUGAGACCCUGGACUGUGCUCAAACCACUUUGUAGAUGCUGGGAUGGCCUGGAGCACAAGGGCCUCAACUGGGACGCAUAGGAGAAGGCCAAAAAAUGCAGGACGAUCAUCUUGAUUCAAAUAUUGCCAUCAUUAACUCACUAACUUACUGUAGCUCAGAAAUAUCUUGCAGGAGGAGGAAUUUUUAAGGGGACUGUAGGAUAACUAAGGGUAAAACUCUGAUGCCAAUGUGAGGCUGUGGAAUGGAACCUUGAAAUGUUUACCUAUCUCUUUGUCAAUACUUUCUUUAAGGUUUAAUGCCAUCAAAGCAUGACAAUUUGGAUGGUCUGCAUUCUCUCUCUUCUGUUACACACAGAGAAAGCUGGCAUUGAUCCAGACCUGUGGACUCACUGUAGAUCUGUAGCAACAUGACAAGAAGUGUGAACCUGCAAAGAAAAGGGAGAUGCAAGCAUCAAAUAUCAAUGGUUCUAUUUAGAAAUCUGUUCAGAGGAGGCUGUUUCAAGGGAUCAGUUUGUCAUCUUUCUCAUGAUCCUUCCUUUUAAAAUUAAUUGCACACUAUAGAAUAAGGAUCAGAAUGGAUUACAUUUUUCUUUGGAAAUCUCCCUAUAAAAGCUAUCUAUAUUUGUUUCUAAGACUUCAAAAUGAGGCCCAGCUUAAUGGGUCGUUCUCAAAAAUAGCAAACAGCCAGAAAAGUAAGCACAAUUUUAAAAAAAAGAGUUUAAAACAAGAAUUAUGAUGGUGCUCAUUCUGAAGCCAAAAAUAUAUUUCGUAUGCCACUGAAAGCUAUUUAAAAUGUUACUAAUUCCUGAGAAAAGAGAAAGUAAAUAUUUCACAGUAAACAGCACUAGAGAUGUGUUAUAAGCAUUGAAGAACUACACUGCAGUUCUACUAAUUUAAAAAGUUCUUUCUUUUCUGUACUAAGUUAAUGGGUUUAGACUUUGGAUCAAAUUAUCAGUAUGAUCAGUUAUUGCACUUAUUGUGAGCUUUUAUUAAGAUGAUGUGAGUGUCAAAGUUAGAAGGACACUGAUCUUCCUCAUCUAGUUUUGCUUUCAUAUAUAUAGAAGAUCGGUGGUGCAUUUAGGCAAAUGGAUACAUUUAGCUGAAAAAGAGGAGACAUUUUGGUAUUAUCAGGGCCCCCUCCCGCCCAUUUUAACAGAGCUAGUAAUAGCUGGAGGAAACAAAGCAAGAAACAAGUCAGCUGUCUUGCCUUCCUGACACUUUCUUUUUUCUUAGGAACGCAUAUCAAUUUCUUCCCCUCUAACAAACUGGCCUGUCAUUUAAGUAAAAGAUUCAAGGAAGUUUUUGUUCUCUUGUUUAAAGUACUUGCCGUAUUAGUAAUGUCACGGUUGGUUUUUUUUUUCCAAUUUUCAUUCCAUCUCUCUCAGUGAUCUCAUUAGGUUUCUUUAACUUCCUUGAAAACAAGCAACUCAAAUGGUUUGUGGGAGACACUUUCUUCAGGAUAAAGCUACAUUAGUCAAGAUGAAUCAUAAAUGUCUCUUGCCUUGGCAGAACUCUCAGUUAUAGCAUUAGUGCCUGCAAAUCAUUACGAUUCCCUGCAACAUGUCAAAAGAUAGGGAGAAAGCGGUGUAACUAAGAGAUGUGCCAAUGACAGCAUUUGAUAUUUCUGAACUGUAGAUGGCUUGCUCCAUGGAGGAAGAGAGUUGGAAGUAUUUGCAGUAAAAUUUCUUCAAAUAAUGUUUGUCAUCAUAAGGUCAUAAAAGAAUAUAUCUACAAAAUAAACAAUCUCCCUCUAAGUUUCCAGCAUUCAUUUCUCAUUUCCUAGCUGCUGCUGCUUUGUUCAUUUAAGCAGCGAACACUUGGGGCCACUUGUCAAGACUAAACUGUCAAAAACUCUUCUUAAUUCUGGUACCUUCCACAGUGUGCUCAAUUUCAUACGUUGCUUGUUUAGUUAUGCAGGGUAUAUUGUAUUUCUGUAAUGUUCUCUUUUGAAAAUUAAUUUAUUACCUCCCUGUAUAUUAAUAUUUUACCUGUGUAUUAAUGAUAAUGCUUUCACAUCCUGCAGAGACAUCAAACUAGAGUAUUGCCUUGUGUGUGCUCUGUGUAACGACUUACGGAAGAAGGAAAAUAAAAGUUCAGUGCUCUCUACUCUUGAUUGCCUGAGAAAAGCAGAUUCUGCCUGUCACUUUUAAACAGAUAUAUGUUGCCUUUU